GUCUUUACGGGAACAGAUUGACAAAAAACUUGAAAAAUUGCAGGAACCACCUCCAUCCAAGACUGUCAAGCCUUUACCAGUUCCUGACGAAGGGCCAAAGAAACGGAGAGCUGGAAAAAAAGUACGUCGAAUGAAAGAAGCACAUGCAGUUACAGAACUUCGUAAGGCUCAAAAUAGGAUGGCAUUCGGUGUCGCUGAAGAUGAAACUGGUUCUUUUGAUACAACCAAGGGUUUAGGUCUGAUUGGACAAAAUUCGGGUAAAAUCCGUGCUGCUGUGGCCGAUCCCAGAGUUAAAGCGCCCAAACGACAUCAAUUUAUGGGAUCAUCUGGGGCGACGUCCGGUUUAUCAUCUUCUUUGACCCUCACUCCAGUACAAGGAAUUGAAUUGAUCAAUCCUGACGAAGCACAAAAGAAGGUUAAAGAUGCAAAUGAUAGAUAUUUCGGUGGUGGUGCAUUUUUGAAAGUUGGUAAACCAAAACAGCAGUAG